AUGGCCAUGAGUCAAUCACCUCAACUAUCCCCAGUUAUGGGCGCCUCCCACAGAGUCGAUCGACACCACUCCAAUAGCCCUCCUCAGCAACAACUCUCUAAAAGAGACAAGAAGCGGACUCUACUCGCAGAUCGCCUGGCCGAGAUAACCUCUCAGUUCUCUUCGAAUCGAGAUGCACACUACCGCGAGCAGCUCCAAGCCCUCCAAAUCGACAUGAACCUGAUUAUGGACGCCGACGCGCAUGGCAAUAGUCCCCUCCCGAGCAUGCCAUAUCAAAUUGAAGGCUUAGUUCAAGAUAACAUAAAGAGGACUAUGAUGAAGUCGAUUGGGCCGAAUCCUCCUCCUAGAGCUGGCAAGGUUUAUAUGGAUUUUGCGAGGGAGGUCAAUGAUGCUAUGGAGGAGAGAGAUACUGCUUUGACUUUACACGACAGAGACUUCAAUGUUAAAUUGAGUGAGCUCAAAGCAGAGCAUGCUUAUAGACUGAAGCUUGCCGCCUCCGAACACAAAGCCCUUUCCACCACCUUGCGCGAUCGAUUGAUCAAUAGCGUCACGAAUAAGAAGAAUCGACUAUCAAGAGAUAAGGAAACAAUGGAAAUUGGCGAGAGCAAUGCGCUGCUGUUACAUCCAAGUCAAUUCGGAAUCGCGAAUCCCGCCAGCCCAGGUGGAAUUCACGGCAAGCGAGCUACAAGACAUCGCCGAGAGGCAGACGAACUACCAACCUUCAGCGAGGGCAGCAAGCGAAAGCGCAAAGCUGUAGAGAGUGACGAAUCUCCAGCUCCGACACGGCCGCGAAUGGAUAACGGCAGCAGUACCCCUCUUUGGUUCGCCGAGAAGCAAAACCUCACAACCCAACAAGUCGACUCGCCCCUCUACAGCAUCGACAAGCUCUUCACCGACAAAGAGCUAGCAAUGACCUACAACGUCGCCGCUCUCGCCGCACACACACACAUGCAACGACACCCCCCAUUCUCUGAUGUCACAGACUCCCCACCCAAUGGCAAAUCCGAAGACAGCUCCGAGCACGGCGCGCUGGACCCAGAUAACGAAGAUGACGACUCUCUCCCUGGUGGCACGUCCAUGGAACGGCAGUACUCACAUGCCACUCGAAGUACACGCGGAGCUGCACUCCCAAAUUACAGUACAGGCCUUGGUAUCGACGCUCUAGACGACCUCAACUUCCCCGGCAACUUCCAAGCCAUAACCCGCCAGAUCCCCAAGAUGCCUAACAUCCUCGCUAUAACCACACAAAAAGUGCUCGGGAAAGGUGAAGCUUCUAAUGCACCCGCGGCACUGAGUGCCGAUGACGCAGCAGCUGAACUCGAUAUGAUAAGACGAGCGCGCGCUUACAAUGAUGCGAAAGGCCUGGGCAGCAAUCUCGAUAUCGAUGGUGGGGGGCACGAGCUGCUGCAGAAUGUGACGGAGCCUAGGACGUAUAAAUAUUGGCUUAAAGCCGAUGCUGUUGCGAGGCACGAUCAUGACGAUAUGGAGGGUGGUGGGGAGAUGAUGGACAAGCAGCGGAGCCGAGAUACAAGUGAGAUGCAUAUGGGAGGCGUGAGUAUGAGUCGUGUACCGACGGGGGAUGGGACUACUAGUAGUCGAGGGAGGAGGAUCAAGCCUAUUGGGAAGGAGGGGUGA